CGCGCGAGCGCAGCCAACGCGGCGACGAGCGCGCGCACGGGGUCCUAUAAGAGCAGGGCGCAGGAAGGGGCGGAAGCGGAGGAGGAGGGGGCAAAGGAGAGGGCACGAGGAAGGGACACAAAGAUUCGGAUUCGCGGUGAAUUCCGUGCUGGUGAUUCUGCACGAGCGGGCAGAAAGGCCGCCGCGCCCCGCCGCCACUCACGCGGCCAGCAGAUGCGCCAGGACCACCGCCAGCGGCAGCGGGAAGAGCGCCACCGCCCGAUCAGCCCCGCUCUCCUGCGCCAGCCCGCGCCCCUCGCUCCGCGCCGCACGCCGCACCAGCUCCAGCAGGCCGCCAGACCCGAGUCGCCUGCGGACCCUCUGGCGCGCGACGCCCAUGGCCGGCGCGGCGGUGCGGCCGCACCCGCGCGGGCAGGUCCUGCCGCGGCCGCCGCCGGCGAGCCCAGCGCCCGCGCGCUCGGCGUGCGCCCCAGCCACGACGGCGGCCCUGACGACGAGCGACGCCGGCGGCGACGGUGACGUUGAGGGCGAGGGCGAGGAGGAGGAGGACGACGACGACGAGGCGGACGACGACGACGAGGGCGACGCGACGACGACGACGACGACGACGGCGGCAACGACGACGAGGGAGGCGGACGGCGACGACGACGGCGGCGGCGGGGACGGCAACAGUGGCGACGGCGGCGGUGGCGAUGACGGCCGACGCCAUGCGGAGGCUCCGUAGGCCUCCUGCUCCUGAGGCCCCUUGGAGCCCUCGGGAGAUCCCGAAAGCCCAAAGACUCUCCACACACCCUACAGUCGCCGUCCUAGCACACAGAACGCUGCAGAAGGAAUGCCAAAAAGCACGGAACGUCUUCAAACAUCCUGCAGUCGCCGUGCUGCCACAAGGAACGCUGCAGGAGGAACGAAAGGAUCUCUGGCCACGGAGAAUCCCGGCCACGGAUAGGUCCCCGACCACGGUCAGAAAACCAGAGCCAAUUCUGUCUUGACCGUCUUGGACGCCCGACAUGGGAACGGACAAAAAUGGGUACGCUGCCC